CAAAACACCAAACAAGCCCAGACACACACCGACUGAUCGCUGGACAGGCGAUGCACGGUUUACUCAGCAGACCCACGCAACCUGUGGACUGGACACGCUGACAAGCCGCGGACGGCUGAAGAGCGACCUCCAGACAUCAACACCGAGUCGUGAUUAUUCCACACGCGCUCUCCGGCGUGUUUUUAAAGCCGUAUUUUUGUUCCUCAAACAGCCAUCAUCGGACUACCUGUCAAAACGACUGAGUGACAUAUUCACGGACGUGAUCGCUGCAGAAUGUUGGAGGAGAUAGUGCCCACGGUGGAUGAUUUGACAACAGCCGCAGCGCGGGGAGACAGUAACCGUGUGGACACUCUCCUGUGGGCAGGAGUUGAUCCUAACGGGUGCAACGUUUUUGGAAGAACCGCUCUGCAGGUGAUGAUGAUGGGCAGCACGACGGUGGCUCGGUCGUUACUCAGGGCAGGAGCUGAUCCCAACUUGAAGGACAUCAGCACAGGGGCCACGCCGCUGCACGACGCGGCCAGGACGGGCUUUUUGGACACUGUGAAGGCGCUGGUGGAGCACGGGGCUGACAUCCAGGCCAGGGACAAUGCGGACCGGCGGCCUAUCGAUUUGGCCACAGAGAAUGAACACUCAUCUACAGCUGAUUAUCUGACGUCUCUGGAAAACCCUCAGUGAUGCUUGGUCUGAUAGACUCGGGGCUCAGAGAGUCGGGGCCUGAGGAGGCCUCCAAUAUGACUUAUUACACAGAGGCGGAUUUGCUGUAAAUAUUUUUUAUUUAUUUGUCUGUUUCUUUGCUAAAAUAGUUGCAUUAUUUUAUUUUUAACGAAAUCGGCUUUAUCACGCAGGGUCGCUGUUCUGAAAGAGCACAAUAUUGUUAUAAAGAUAUAAAGCCAGGCUGGUCGGGAUAUUAUGUUUACAGACACAUACACACAAUUUGUUGCUGGUUUAUCUUCCGUUUUGUAAAUAGAUUAUUCCCAAUAAGCCUCUAAGGAGUCCCCAUCUGUGCAGUGUACAGUUUUACUUUAAUAUGUCUAAAGUAAAUUGUUUUUUAAAAAUAUUAUUAUUGUCGCUCCUCGUCGUAAAAGUGGUGGGAUUACUGUAUUUUAAAUAUCUUUUAAUUUUAAGUAUUUAACCAAAUAGCAGAAAAGCCAUUUCAAAAUGUUUUUGCACAUUGAAUAUUAGUGUCUCACCGUCGAUGCACUAUUCUGUAUGCGUUAUCUUUAUCCUCCCCUUCCUGUUUGUGCAAAUUAUAUUCACAACUCGCAUAUUAUGCACUUUAAUAAUAUGGAAAAUGUAAAUAAACUUUUAAAGUAUGAAGCAGAUUGGAAGUAUUAUGAUUAUGCUUCACAUAUUGUCUUAAGGUGGGGUUGUGAAAGGUACCAGAAAAUAAAAUGAUUUUAAAACCUAUAAAGCCAUUAUUAUUAUUAUUAGUAUUAGUAUUAGUAUUAGUAUUUGACGUUGCAUUUGAGUUCAGCUGGGAGUUUUCCAUUGUCUCCAUAACUAUUCACAGGCCAAACGAGCAAUAUGUCACUGCAGGACGAACAUUUUUACAAGUUAGCCGACUUCCCCUUUGCCUCUGCUAAACUGGUUUUUAAGAAUAUUGACACAGUCACAUCACACACAUUGCGCAUGUAAAUACUGAUCAUGUUAUAAUCUCCGGCCUCAGGUGACUGCACAGUUAAACACGCCAUCCAGAACAAUAAUGUUGCAAUCAUUUAUUUAUUUAAGUGAAAAGUUUGAGGCGAUGUUUUCAGCUCACAUGGACAUAUUUUAAAUAUAGGAUAUAUGUGACAGAAUCUGGUUGACUUGCACCAAUUAAGUAGAUUUUUGUGCACAUUAAUGAUGCGUAAAAGUAGGUUAUAGUU